AUGGCCCUCACCACGCGGGCACAGGCCCCGUCCCUAGGCCGCUCUCGCACAGUGCAGGCUAGGGCUCUGUUUGGAAAGAAGAGCUCGGCGUCAGUUGCGGAGAAGUCUGCGAAGACGGUUCCCAAGAAGGGCGAGCAGAAGGACAGCGUCCUGAGCGCGUUUGACUUUGCUCAGACCCGCUCCAAGAAGGACGCGGACCUGCUGUGGGAGGCGAAGUAUGGCGAGCGCGGCGCGGACGGCAAGAUGACCCGCGAGCAGUACCAGGCGCUUCGGCGCAAGGUGGGCGGCACAGCAAAGGACUACUGGAAGGACUGGGUCGAGGAGGAGCAGGUCAAGAACAUCAAGACAUACUACAAGGAGGGUGCUGACUCAGCAGGCACGGUGCCCUACCUGCCCCUCCUGGUCGGCAUCGUGGUGGCCAUGCUCGCCACCACCGUCGCCGUGGUGGCCAAGACGGGGUAG